UUUAUAAAUGAGCAAAGCAAUUUGAUAACGUUAUCAUCAUCAGUAUUAUACACUUUGUAAGGUAGUUGGUUGUAUGCAAGAUCAGACUGCUAUUAUAUGAUUGAUUUAAAUUAUUAAUUUUCUUUUAACCAAACAAAUAAUGGGAAACUCUUUUGGUCCAGGCCAUGCGUCAAUGUGCGUACAUCCAGGACAAAGUUCAGGGCUCAUCUCUUACAUCGAUCCAGAGAGACCUCGCUCACUCUUCUCUCCUUCCAGGAUAGUUGAGGAUCCGGAUGUUGGAGGUCCCACAUUUUCAUUAGACCGACCAACAGAUGAAAUAAUGGAUGAAAUAAAAAGCAGUGAGCAGUGGAAAUCUUUUAUUAAGGAGUUUGAUAACGCAAAAGAAAGAAUGGAAAGAGGAGAGGGAGAAGUCGAUUCUGGAGAAGAAGUGGAGAAUGAGAAUACAGAGAAUUCUGCUGAUGGGACAAGAAAUGACAGGCCAGAAGAUAAAGAAACAUUCUUAUCUAAUCUACAUAAACUUAAAGAAAAGACUGGGUAUCCUUACACUCACUGCAAGAAAGCAUUGGAGAAAAACAAUAAUGAUUUAGAUCAGGCGGAAAAGUGGUUAGAAGAAGAAAGCAAAUCAUUCGGUCUGGAUAAAUUGAGCAAGAUUGACAAAAGAAGGUCUGCAGAGGGUCUGGUCGCCAUUGCUUGGGAUAAACAACAUGCUGCUAUGGUGGAAGUGAAUAGUGAGACAGACUUUGUUAGCAACAGUGAUAAGUUCCGUGAAUUGGUAAAUCUGGUCACCUGCACUUGUCUGGAACAUAUAAAAACAAUCAACCCAUCACCUAUGGCUCUGGGUGAGGUCAUGCUGAAGAAAGAUGACUUGGAGAAACUAGUUGCUGAAGACAAGCAGAGUCUGUCCGACCAUGUGACCAAAACUGUGGCCUUGCUGGGCGAGAGGCUCAUGCUGAGGAGAGCAGCUCUGAUCAGCACCGAAGAAUCUUCGCAGUUUGCAGUGCUGACCCACGGAUCAGAGAGUCCACAGUUCAAGCACCAAGGCAGGUUCGGAACUGUGCUUGUGUACAAAACAGAAAACAACUACAAUGCUGAUCUCCAGCUUCCCAAACAUAUCUGUCAGCAGAUUAUAGCAAUGAACCCAAAGUUGGUGGAUCCUCAAGAGAAAUUUAAUAAGGAUGAAGCUUUGUUGGCACAAAAGUAUAUCCACGAUAACAGUCAGACUGUGGGAGAGGUAGCCUUGAGGACGGGCCUCAAAAUCCAACAUUUCGUCAGAUUUGAACGAGGAGAACCAGGCGAAAACCCAGACGAAUUGGGAUCUGAGCCCGCAAAACCUAUGUGCUAAAUACUUAGAAUAUCAGCACAUUCUAGAAUAUUUAAAUUUUAACUAUAAAUUAAAUACCAUAUAAAUAAGCAUAACAAUAUUGUGAGAAGAAGAUGCAUUACUUUGUAGUAAAAAUAAAAAUAGGUCAAUUUUUAUGUUGUUUUAUAGAUAGGUUUGUACUUUUCUAUCUUUGUAUUAUAGCCUUUCAAAAUAUCAACUAAUGUAAAGUCAAUGUUUGAACCAAGCAGCAACAAAAAGCUGUGGUACAAAAUGAGAAAUGUGAAAGUAGGAUUUUUUACAGAGCUAUGUUUGUUAUUAUUUUAAUAAAUAUUGUUUUUAUAUUGU